GUUUGGUAUUAAGUAAGUCGGGUGGAUCCGGGUAGUUAUCUUGUCUAAGAAUUCGAGACACAAUUUUGCCUAUCAUGCCUUUACCGCUGCCACCAGCAUUAGACGGCGGCGCAAAAAUGGUGUUCCCGUCGUCGUCGACACUCAUUCAUUCAAAACUUUCGAUUGCAUCAGCUAAAAGCCAAGUGAGUCAACUUUGUUCUUCCUUUCCGAAAAUCACCCCCAGGCAACGUGUAUUAGUCACGUAUUCUGCUAAAUUUCCAAUGAUGGAAGACUUUAAUGAUCCCAGUAAGCGAUUAGCUCUCUUAAAUUACACCAAGGACAAAUUAUGGGCAUCCAUCCCUUGUUCGGUUAAACAGUUUCCUUGGGAGAAAGCCGAGAGUAUUGCACUUCAAAAGCUACUUGUCUUUGGAAAAGAGACAUUGAAGUGGUCUUUGCUUGCAUUUUUCGGGUUUAGUUGCAUUUUUGAUAUUCCAUACUCUAUCUCAAGAAACAAAGAGUUGGUGAUUCCUUUCGGUCUUUUUGUCGAACUUUGCUGGCCAAGUACCUUGAUCAGAUAUCUCAAGAACUUGUGCUUGAGAACAAAGUAAAGUUCAUUUAUGAAUAUUACCUCGCUGUUUGUAGUGUAUCUGAUUAUGAAAAGGAAUAAACAAUGGGAAGAGAAAAAGUUCAUAAAUAACUUUUGCUUCUGGUCUGCAAAAGAGUAAUUUUUAGCAUUUUCAAAUGUCAGUUUCUAGUCCUGAUUCUGCAUAUUCUUCUUAGAACCAUAAAGUAGGGACUUAAUAAUGACUUAAUUAAAAAAGUUUAUUAGUUUAUAGUCCCAGAUUACACGAAGCUUGUUAUUUUGAUUCUUGCAGGACCAAUGACAGUAAGAGUCGAUGUAGAAUCACAAUUACUUAUUCGUCAAGUAAAAGUCUUCCAGCUUAUUGAAUUUUUAGAUUCUACUUGCAAAUAAUUGAUCUUCUUUUCGCAGGAUGAACAUGUUACUCUGCGUUUUUUGGGCGUAUACGUCUUUUUUGUUAUUGUGAAGUUUGUGUCCAAAUACUUCCCUGGAGGAAAUAGUGAUUUCCUCCUGCAUGUUGGUAAUGGUGGACUAAUGCAAGUUGUGUGGAACUGGAAAAACUUGCCUAAACAAGAUGGAGAAAGAUCCACUUCGGAAGGUAUUCCGGUCAACUAAAGUUGCAGUUUUUGCUAAAACGGGUUGGUGUGUGAAUUAUGCCCUUUUUCUUUUCCUCAGUCAUAUGUGAUUGAAAUUUUGAUAUGUUAUGGAAUUUGAUUUUAGGUAUGUAGUUGGGUAUCUCUCACUAUUUAGGUAUCUUUAAAUAGAGGGGUUGCCUUUGGCUUGCUGUCAUUUCUCAGAAGAGAGAACUUUAGACGAAAGGUUGUCCAUUAACCACAUUUUUCAUGAACAACACUUGUUUAAUUUGCUAGACACCAACUCAGAAAAACAGAGUUGUAAAAGAUAGGGCACUAUUAAUUAAGCAGGAUUUUCACAU